AAAGUGAUUUUUAUUUUCUUCUGUUUUCAGAAAACGUAGAAGUUCUCAGAAUUUCGCCAUUUCAAAACCCUAAUUUUUUUUGGUUUUGAAUUCUGAGUUUCGUUUCGAAUGGGGUUGUGGGAAUCGUUGCUCAAUUGGCUGCGAAGCCUCUUUUUCAAACAAGAAAUGGAGCUAUCUUUGAUAGGCCUUCAGAAUGCAGGAAAAACAUCACUUGUAAAUGUUAUUGCAACUGGUGGAUAUACUGAAGACAUGAUACCCACAGUGGGAUUUAACAUGAGGAAGGUAACUAAGGGGAAUGUCACAAUAAAGUUGUGGGAUCUGGGAGGACAACCUAGGUUUCGCAGUAUGUGGGAGAGAUAUUGCCGUGCAGUUUCAGCUAUUGUUUAUGUUGUGGAUGCUGCUGAUCCCGAUAACUUGACUGUCUCAAGAGGUGAACUUCAUGACCUGUUAAGUAAGGCUUCCCUGAAUGGCAUCCCUUUGCUGGUACUAGGUAAUAAGAUUGACAAGCCAGGAGCUUUGUCUAAACCAGAGCUGACAGAGCAAAUGGAGCUUAGAUCCAUUACCAAUAGAGAAGUAUGUUGUUACAUGAUUUCAUGCAAGAACUCAACCAACAUCGAUACGGUUAUUGACUGGCUUGUAAAGCAUUCCAAAUCAAAGAAUUGAGUAUGAUGAUUCCAUAUACUCUGCAGCUACCACACUUUGAUGAUUGAGCGGCUGGAUUUGGGGCUCGUGGUGGUUAGGUCUGCUGUUUGUCUAACUGGGUUUGUCACUAUCAUCUUCUAGUUGGCUUCAGUUAUACUAUAUAAAUAUUAUUUGGGUUGACAUCUGUUUCUACACCCUUCUCUCUUUGACAAAACACAAAAGUGAGUUUUGAGGUUUUUAUUUGAUGAUGUUGAUUGGUGUGAAUAGCAUUCUAAACAUGACAACGAGUGUAGUGAUUUUUUAUUGAGUGAUGGAUUUCUUGACACUCUUGUUUACUUGUUAGAACACAGAAGUGAUUUGAGUUUGAUUUAUGAUGUUGAUUGAUGAA